GGCCACGGGCCGGCGUUCUGCCAGCUCACAGAAAGUGCCACGACUCCACAGACUGUGGCUGUUGCGAGGCAUUUAAGCAGUGGGCUGGGGGAGAGAGGUAUCUGAUAGAAAAUUUGAAAUAAAGAAGGAAGGACAGAAGAAAAAAAAAAUCCCUAACAAGCAGAAACAGAGCUUUAUUUUUUUCCAUCCUUGAGGCUGAGUGCGCCUAUCCGAAUCAACUGCAAGUAAGGUCUCAUUGCACAGUAAAUCGCAGGAGAUGGAUAUCUACGACCCCCAGACUCUUGGCUUCAUGGUCUUCGGUGGCUUCAUGGUCAUCUCUGCCAUCGGGAUUGCCCUGGUCUCCACCUUCUCCAUGAAGGAGACCUCGUACGAAGAGGCGCUGGCGAAGCAGCGCAAGGAGCUGCAGAAGACCCAGCCUCCCCGCGUGGAGAAGAAGAAGAAGGACAAGCCCUCAGAGAAGAGAGGCCGCUCCAAGAAGAAGGAGGACAAGCCCAACGGGAAACUCCCAGAGCCAGAGCCCACCCCUGAAGCCAGCGAGACCGUGAGCGAGUCGGAGCCCGAGCCUGCCCCUGUCCCCAUGCCCCUCGUGACCCCUGCACCCCCUGCACCCCCUGUGCCGGUUGCCCCCGAGCCCCCAGUCGUAGCUGUGGCUCAUGCCCCUGUCCUGGAGCACCAGCCUGCCCCCUCCCCCAAGGACAAGAAGAAGCGAGAGAAGAAGGUGGCUAAAGUGGAGCCCGCACCCAGCCCAGCCUCCGCCUCGGCUGCCACCUCUAAAUCUGCCCCCGUGCUGGAGGCCGUGACCAAAGAGGUGCCCGUCAUGGCAGUGCCACCGGUGGGUGCCCAGCAGAGCAGCCCAGUGGCUGUCUCAUCCCCUUCCAAGAAGACGGAGGCAGUUGCUGGCCAUGAUGAAGCCAAGCAUGAUGGGCCUUCCAAGAAGAAAGUGUCCUCCAAAAAGAAAGCUGAGCCACCAGCAGCGGAUACCAUGGACGCCCCCCUGUACCUGCCCUACAAGACACUGCUGUCCACCGUGAGCAACAUGGUGUUCAGCGAGGGAGAAGCACAGCGCCUCAUCGAGAUCCUCACGGACAAGGCCGGCAUCAUCCAGGACACCUGGCACACGGCCACGCAGAAGGGGGACCCAGUGGCGGCCCUGAAGCGUCAGCUGGAGGAGAAGGAGAAGCAGCUGUCUGCCGAGCAGGAGGACGUUGCUGCUGCCAAGAACAAACUGCGAGAGCUGAGCAAGGAGCUGCAUGCAGAGAAGUCCAAGACGGCCUCAGUGGAAGCCAGGCUGAAGGAGCAGCUGAGCUCGCGUGAUCAGGAAAUCGCUGCCCUCCAGGCGCGCAUGCAGGCCAGCUACCAGGACCACGUGAAGGAGACGCAGCAGCUGAACGCCAAGAUUCAGAGCCUGCAGGAGCAGCUGGAGAAUGGGCCCAAUGCGCAGCUGGCCCGCCUGCAGCAGGAGAACUCCAUUCUGCGGGAUGCGCUGAACCAGGCCACCAGUCAGACUGAGAGCAAGCAAAAUGCUGAGCUGGCCAAGCUGCGCCAAGAGUGCAGCAAACUGAGCAAGGAGCUGAGUGAGAAGAGUGAGGCCCUGCAGGCUGAAGAGCAGCAGCGCAAGAGCCUGGAUACCAAGGUGGCUGCCUUUGAGAAACAGAUCAGCCAGCUGCAGUCCAGCCAGGCUGACAGCGAGCGCACGCUGCAGAAGCGUCUGGACGAAGUGAGCGAGGAGCUGAGGAAGUCCCAGAGCAGCAGCAGCAGCCUGCAGGGAGAGCUUGAGAAGGCCAAUCAAGAGAUGGCUUCCAUCGCUGCGCUCCAGGCGAAGGUAUCCAGUGCAGAGGCAGAGGUGAAGGACAGGUGUGCGCAGGUGGAGAGUCUGCAGUCCCAGCUCAGCCAGGUCAGCGUGGAGAAGACGCGGCUGGAGGAGAGGAUCCUCUCUAUCGAGGCCCUGCUGGAAGCCAGUCAGAGGAAAGAGUCAGAGAAUGAAAAGGAAAUUCAGCUCACCAAGGCAGCCGAGAUGGAGCAGCUUCAGAGCAGCUUGAAGGAAAAAGAACAUCAGGUUUCAGCGCUUGAGAAAGAGGUUUUCCAGCUCAAAGAGGGACUCGAACAACAAAAGAUGAAAAACAAUGAUCUUCGUGUGAAAAACUGGGAAGCAAUCGAAGCGCUGGCAUCCUCUGAAAAAAUGUGCGAAGAGAAAUUGAGUUCUGCUCAGACUGCUAAGGAUGCUGCGGAGCAGCUGCUCAGCCGCUGGCAGACGGAGACGAAAGAGGCGCUCCAGAUGCUUUUCCCUCAGAUCCCUAUAGACACAGAGCAGAAUAACUGGUUACUGGAAUUCAAACAGAAAGCACAGGAAGCUCUCAACAAGAAAACAGAAUCACCGGAACUCCUGCAGAAGCUGAAAGAGGCAGAGGAGUCUCAGACUACAUUACAGGCAGAGUGUGAGCAGUACAGAAGCGUUCUUGCAGAAACUGAAGGCAUGCUGAAAGACCUCCAGAGAAGUGUGGAGCAGGAGGAGCUGGUGUGGAGGGCCAAAAUAGCAGAGUCAGAGGAGGAGCUCAAGAAGGCACAGGAACAGAUCCAGAGUUUGGAGGCAGCUGUACAGAGGCUCAAGCUGGAAAGCCAAAGCACAGAGCAGCUGAAGGAGCAGGUGAUGCUUCUUGAGGCUCAGCUAGAGAAGCAGCUGGAAUCUGCUAACUCAAACAGUCAGAGCUACUGUGAAGAGGUGGCACAGCUAAAGGACUUAUUGUCGGAGUCCCAGAGCCAGCUGGACGUGGCCAAACUAGACACACAGAAGCAGAGUGAGGAGCUGGCUUUGGUCAGGCAGCACCUUCGCGAGAUGAAGGAGCACAUGCAGGACGGAGAGGCAGCUGGGACGCGGGGAGAGGUGCAGCCCAGCCAGUUACAGUAUAAGCUGACUCAAACCAUCGAGAACCUGGAGAGUGAGCAGGCGCUCAGGCAGCAGCUGUCGGAGGAGUUUGAACAGGCCCAGAAAUCAGUCUCAGAUCUGCAGGCAGAACUAGAUGCGCUGAAAGUGGCUGGAGAAGCCCCUGUCUCGGACACAGAUGAUGUCGUGCAAUUAAAGUUACAGGAAAGACUGGAGAAAGAGAAGAAGUUAACCAAUGACCUUGGACAGGCGGCCACAAAACUGCAGCAGCUCCUAAGGGCCACCCAGGAGCAGCUGGCUAAGGAAAAGGAAACUGUGAGAACACUGCAGGAGCAGUUCCAGGGAGAGGAUAAAAAUGAGGGGUUGAAGGAAGGAACUUCUGUUUAAGAACACAAGACCGAAGAAACACUACACUUGCCAAAAUGCCUUACAAUUACUAUAAAAUUAUGCAUUCCUCAUCUAUAUGCUCUUUAUUGUACUGUAGUAAUGUAAAAAUGUUAGAGAACUGAAUUUCACUGAGGGAGAAAACUGCAGAUACAUCCCAUUUAGUACUUUAUUUUAUUCAGACAUUCCAUUGUGAUGAUUGUGACUCCGAUUUGACCAAUUUCCUGUCUGAUGCUCACAGAUCUCCCAACAGCUCAGUGUUAAAAGGGAAACUGAAUGUACGUUUAUGUACACCUAAUAGUGCAAUUUUUUUUUGUGUUUUGUGGAAGUUUGAAAGGGGAGGAACAUUUAAGGUACACCGAUGCUAAGUGCCUCUACACAUGUAGCUGGUUACCAACAUGAACAUGUGAAUUUGACAAAGAAUAAACUACCAUGUAGCAGUCA